AUGAUGUUCUUCGUCAAAAAUUUUCUCUAUUUUAUUCUAUUACAUUUGGUGAUUGCUUCACCUCAAAUUAAUCUUCAUCUUACAGAUGAAAUAAGUAAUAAUACGAAUGAUGUUGUAUUUCAACAUGAUUGUCUUCAUGUUCUUGCUUCUACUGAAAAACAAAAAAAUAUUCAUCAAAUUGUCUCUUAUUGUUUAACUGAGUGGUUAUCAGAAUUGAAUAUUGAAGAAAAUAAUCUUGAUCAAAAAUUUACUUUUAAUCAACUUUACAAACAAAAUAUUACUAGUCAACAAUUAUAUCUUUGGUCAGCACCUAUGAAUGUAGUUGAACGUUAUCAGUUCUAUUUAAAUGAUCUUUCAAAUUCAAAUAAAUCAUCUUUCAUGGCAACACAACUGUUCUACAAUUGUACACUACCAAGAUUUGGUCCAUUAUGUCAAUACUCAUUAGAUAAUUACGUAUCUGAUAAUUCAUCAUUAUAUGAAUUCAUUUACAAGUUUUAUCAAAAUGAAUAUAAUCCCAUAAACUUGAUAUGCUAUACUCAUUUAGAAUGCAAUCGAGGUUCGACAUUGAUAUGUCUUGAUUGGGCUGAAAUUUGUGAUGGAACAAUUGAUUGUCACGAUGGAAUUGAUGAAGAAUUUUGUUGGCAACUUCAAGUUAACGACUGUGAAGAAAAUGAAUAUCAAUGUGUUAAUGGACAAUGUAUAUCCAAAAUAUUUUUCAAUGACGAUCAUAAUAGUUUUGAAUGUCUUGAUCGAACAGAUGAAAUUUGGAGGGAUAUGAGGAUGAAUAGUCCUUUUUCUUUCAAAUAUAAUCGCGAACCAACAUUUACUAUGGAAGAUAUCACAUGUCCAAAGCAUCAUAACCCAAGCAUUGUGAAAUUGACGAGUUCAUGUGUCUUCAAACGCACUAAAUUACUCGAAAAGUUUCUGUUAGAUGACAAACCAAAUGGAUUAUCUGAUCAUUGUUGGUUGGCAGUUAAAUGUCAAUCGGGCAUUUAUGAUCGAUUGAAUUCAAGAUGUCAUAUUCACUGCUCUACAAGAACAUGUAAAGAAAUAAUCAAUCAGACUUGUCUAGAUAUAUUACAAGUACCAGCAGUUAUGAUUAAUUCCACUGCUCGAUCACUAUCACCUAGUUAUAUAUGCUACAAUGAUCAACUUUGUGAUGGAUUCUAUCCAAACAAAUCAUUAAUUUCAUUUAAUAAUGCCACAUGUCGUCGUCCUGAAGAUUUUCCAUUAAAUUUUAAUUCGUUCGAGCUCAGUAGAGUAUUAGUUGACGAUAGAUGGUGCCAUUGUGGAUAUGAUCAAUAUGGUUUUUGUGAUGAUGAAGAGCUAAACAUUCAUUAUAUUAGAAAACAUAUAUCAUUUACAACUAUUUGUGAUGGUUUUACAGAAUUAAUACCUGUUACCAUUAAUGAACGAAGUGAAACAGAUGAAACAGAAUGUGAAUAUUAG